AUGGUAUCUCCCUUGUUUCCAUACAGCUUAUUGAAUACCAAUUCAAAACCAUCGAACCUCGAUUGUUCAAAAUAUAAAACAGAUAUGGAUGUGAUUGAUUCCUUACCCUUUUACAUUGAUAUUGCAUUGAAAGAUCCUGAUUCGAAUCAUACGGAUCAAUCAAAUGAAACUAUUAUUUAUCGAACGUGGGCUGAAUACAAUGUUAAAACACAAGAAAUUCAAAAUUUAACUUUAUUUCAUGAAGAUCGCGAACAAUCGCUGAAUAUAUUUUGUUUAAAACAUUUGCAUACAUUGGCACUGUCUCAUGUUAACUGGUCUAUCCCAUCUGACAUUCAAAAUCUAAAAUCAUCUGUGAAAAAGCUCUUAAUCAUUCAUAAUCACGGUCUGUCCACCCUACCAUCUGAAAUUGAUCAACUUCAAUCCCUCGAAUAUCUCGUUCUGCUACAUACAUCCAUUCGUUAUCUGCCCUAUACGGUGAGAAAUUUAAAAAAAUUAAUCUAUUUAGACAUUAGUUAUUCAAAUCUGGUUGUAUUGCCAACAUUCAUCUAUCAGAUGUAUCCUGCCCUUGAAUUCUUGAUUCUUGAGCAAAAUCAUUUAAAACAUUUACCACAUAAUGUUCGGCGACUGACUGAAACGAAUUUAAAUACACUGGAUUUGUCGGCGAAUCCGGAGCUAGGGACGCUGAAAGGAGUUGAAGCAUUUAAAAAUCUAACAUCGCUCUCAUUGGACAGAUGUCGAUUGAAACAAAUGCCAGCAGAAAUUUUCCAGUUGAGAGCAUUGAAAAUAUUAUCGAUUCAACAAAAUCAACUCAGAGAUGUUCCAUUUGCGUCACUAGCAAAUUUAACACAUUUAGAAACAUUACACUUGUCCAAUAAUGAAAUACAAAAUCUAACAGACAUUGGCAAAUUAAAAUCUCUAACAAAAUUAGAUUUAUCAAACAAUUCAAUUGUUGAAAUUCCUCUGGAAAUUAUAUCAUUAAACUCGACAUUAAUUGAGUUAGAUUUAUCAAAUAAUAAUUUAACAAGUAUACCUAAUCAACUUGUUAAUAUGACAAAAUUAAAAACAUUACGUUUGAAAGGAAAUCAAUUUUCACCUGAAGAGUUAAAAAAAAUCAAAUCAAACAAGUUUGUACAUGAUGCAAAUGUCGUACAUAUCGACGAUAUUUCAACACCAUCACCACCUGCGACUAAUGGGAGUUUAACGACGGCCACUCAAGUUGAACCAAAAACGAUGACAUCGGCUGCUCAUUUACCAGUUCCACUAGCUUCUUCAAGUCCUGCAGCUUAA